CAGUAUCGUUCUGACUUUCUCUCUGCUCAGAUCGAAGUUAAACGGAGUUUCUCACAUAUACGUGUAUCGUAAACGUAUUUUACGUUUUAAAUAAUUUGUGAAAUAUUUAUAUUCUACUUUUGCUAUACAUAAGUACAUGAGACGCGAUAGAGGAAUCGCUAAAAUUUAAAAACGCUACCAAAAUUUUUAAACCGUGAUAUAAUUAUUUUUUUACUGUUUACAUAAAGAAACGAGAAUUACUUCCCUGCAGGAUUCUAUCUGCGAUAGACUGGUCGACCAGUCUGUUCGUGGGUGCUUGAAUAACUCCGGCAACUGGAAGUUGGCCCUGAAUGCAGAGCCCCCGUGGCUUUGCUAGCACCCCCACAUUGAUCUUGUCGUAAUCCGCUUCCUUACGACCCACCUAACUAGCAUUGACAGCUGCCUCUUUGCUGCCUAGCACCUACAGAGUACUAAUUAAUUUAAUCAAACUCAAUCAACAUGAAGGUAACAAAUCUUGAUGAGCGUAUCCAUGUUUUGGACAGUGAGUCUAAUGUUAUGACCGUUAUCAAAAACAUUGCAAUGAGUGGUUUGCAAGAAGAAGCCUUCUACGUGUUGGAUAUAGGAGAUAUUGUCCUAAAGCAUCAAAUCUGGAAAGAAAAAUUGCCACGAGUCGAACCCUAUUAUGCUGUGAAAUGUAACGACAAUUUGAUUGUAAUUGAGGUAUUAGCAGCCCUUGGUACCAAUUUUGAUUGUGCAUCUAAGAAUGAAAUAAACAAAGUAUUAAGCCUUGGUGUAGACUCUUCAAGAAUUAUUUUUGCUAAUCCUGCAAAACCUGCUUCACAUAUUCGUCACGCUGCUGCAGUAGGAGUAGAAACUAUGACUGUAGACAAUGAAAGCGAGCUGCACAAGAUAAAGAAACUUUUUCCAACUGCCAAGAUCGUUAUACGAAUUCGUUGCGAUGCAGAAACGGCUCAAUGCCCACUCGGCAUGAAAUUUGGCUGUGAUCCGAUAUACGAAGCUCCUAAUCUAUUACAUCUUGCGUAUAACUUGGGCCUUAACGUGGUGGGCUUCAGUUUUCACGUUGGUUCCGGAUGUCAAGAUCCACCGGUGUUCUAUCGCGCUAUUCAUCAUUGCAAGAUAUUAUUUGACAUGGCUACUGAUCUUGGUUUCAAGCCGUAUCUCUUAGAUCUUGGUGGCGGUUAUCCGGGUAACAAAGGCACAAGUAUUGACAAAAUCGCAGAAGUUAUUAACAAAGCUCUCGAUGAUUACUUCAACACUGAUGCUGUUCACAUAAUUGCUGAACCAGGUCGCUUUUAUGUCGCAUCUGCAUUUACAUUGGCAACGAGUAUCCAUAGCAAACGUUCAAUACGCGGAGAUUCCAAUGCUGUUACGCACAACAUGUAUUACAUCAAUGAUGGUGUUUACGGAUCAUUUAAUUGUCUGUUGUACGAUCAUCAACACGUAACUCCCAUUCCUCUAAAGAACGGUUGUGGAAAGAUGAUUAAUUCGAGCGUAUGGGGUCCAACGUGUGACGGAUUGGAUAAAAUUAUUGAAAAUGUUAUGUUGCACGAAAUGGAUCUUGGUGAAUGGAUCAUUUUUGAAAACAUGGGGGCCUACACAUUGCCUGUUGCUUCACCAUUCAACGGAUUUCCUAUUCCUAAGGUCCAUAUUGUCGCUGAUGAACAAAUUUGGCUUUUAUUGAAAGAUGCUCUACCUUUAACUGAAGAUCACUUUGUUAUUGGUAAUACACCAGCUAAUUUGCGACUCGGACUAGACAUCGGUGGAAAUGAUAUUGAUCCGUGGAGGGUCGCUCAUCCAAUAGAAUUAGCACCAUCUGAAAUGUUAACCGACACUCAUAACACUCCGCCACAUUUUAUCUUUGAGUAUGUCGAAGCGCCACUAAAUUGA